AAACCCUAUUUCCGAUUUUUUUCCUCUUGCUUGCUCUUCCUUGACUUCCUUCUGUCACGCUGCGUGAGUCGUGUUGUCUCGUCGCCGUCGCGCUGUGCGGUUUUCGUGGGCGCUACACAAUGUUGUAAUCGACCAUACAACACCUUCAACAUUCUUUAAAUUUUAGAACAGAAAUAUAUACAUCACCCGCUAACGUGUUGUGCAGCUAAUAGUUGAUAAAUAACGGUCGCCGUUUUGGCAGUUAUCACAUGUGUUGAGUGUAAAAAAAGUUAAACAUCCAGUGCGAGAGUAAUUUUCUGAUAAGUUUUAUAUGAACGGCCGUUAGAUUUCUCGUUGCAAAUCUAUGGGAGAUAACUGGUUCUACGCUCACGUAAUAAGUGACAAUGUCUCUCGAGUCUCCGCUUGACAGAUUUUGCGGCUCCAAGUUUUGGGAUAGCAACCUAACAUGGAAUACAGACAACCCAGAGCUCACAGAAUGCUUCGAGAAGACCGUCCUCAUCUGGGUCCCCUGCAUAUACCUCUGGCUGGCCGCCUUCCUCGACACAUACUACAUCAUCAACAGCAAGGAACGGAACAUCCCAUGGAACCCACUCAAUAUCAGCAAGCUGAUAAUCACGAGUUUGUUAAUAGUGUUGACAUUUGUGGACUUGGGGACGACUGUGCAUCGGUUCUCGAGGCAGGAAGAGGAUGUGUUUAACGUGGAUUAUUAUACGCCUAUAGUUAAGAUAUUGACGUUUAGUUUAUCAGCAACACUACUAUACUACAACCGAAAAUACGGCAUGCGAGCAUCAGGGGUCCUAUUCUUCUUCUGGCUAUUCCUAGUGAUAGCCGGCAUCCCCCAGCUGCGGUCUGAAAUCAUCCUUCACAACCAGAAGAGAGACGACGAGAACGUGCAAUAUGCGUUCGUCAGUUAUUGCCUGUACUACAUGUUGGCGGUAGUCAUGUUUCUACUCAACUGCUUUGCCGACUUAGCGCCUAGAGAUACGCCGUACAAAUAUGAAAAGAACCAAUGCCCCGAGAGCGCAUCAGGGUUCCCCAGCCGACUGACCUUCAGCUGGUUCGACCCGCUGGCCCUCACCGGGUUCCGCAGGAGCCUGACCGAGAGCGACCUCUGGGCGCUCAACCCGUCGGACUCCUCCAAGGAGGUCGUGCCCAAGUUUGACAAGUUCUGGGAAAGGUCGCUCAGGAAACAGGAGGUUUCCAGCGAAACGCGAGCGACGUACAGCAAAACAUCGGCCAGUGUCAACUUCAAGCCAGAAAGUGAAAGAAAACCCGCGUCCAUAUUACCUGCCAUCUGUCUCGCCUUUGGUCCGCAAUUCUUGUUCGGAACAACGCUGAAAUUAGCCAAUGAUCUGUUGAUGUUCGUGUCCCCACAGUUGCUCAAAUACCUAAUAGCCUUCAUAGGAGAUAAAGACACACCAGUAUGGAAAGGCUACCUCUACGCGGUCGCCCUGCUCUUAUGCGCCUCCAUACAAACCAUGCUCCUCGCGCACUACUUCACGAGAAUGUACCUUGUGGGCAUGAGAAUAAGGACUGCCCUCACUAGCGCCAUCUAUAGGAAGUCGCUGAGGAUGUCCAAUGCGGCCAGAAAGGAGUCAACCGUGGGAGAGAUUGUCAAUUUGAUGUCGGUGGACGCGCAAAGAUUCCUAGAACUGACAGCAUACCUUAACAUGAUCUGGUCAGCGCCGCUCCAGAUCGCCCUGGCGCUCUACUUUCUAUGGGGCAUCCUCGGGCCGUCGGUGCUCGCCGGGCUGGCGGUGAUGAUCGUGCUGAUCCCCGUCAACGGCGUCAUCGCCAACAGAGUCAAGAGUCUGCAGAUCAAGCAGAUGAAAUAUAAAGACGAGAGGGUCAAGCUCAUGAACGAGGUGCUCAACGGGAUCAAGGUUUUAAAAAUGUACGCGUGGGAGCUCAGCUUUCAGGACCAAAUCCUUAAAAUAAGAAACAAGGAGAUGCACGUGCUCAAACAAACGGCGUACUUGAAUUCGGCGACGUCCUUCAUAUGGUCUUGCGCUCCUUUCCUGGUGACCUUCCUCACUUUCUUUACGUAUGUGAUUAGCGACCCCACACACAACCUGACGGCAGAAAAGAUAUUCGUCUCGAUGUCCCUAUUUUUCAUGAUCCACCUGCCGUUAGGGCUGCUGCCCCUCAUCGUGGUCUCAGUCAUCGAGACUUCAGUGGGUAUAAAGCGAUUGAACAAAUUCAUGAACUGUGACGAGUUAGACAUGAAUUCCGUUGAACACGAUCCCAAAGAACCGAACCCCUUGGUAAUGGAAAACGGAAACUUCUCCUGGGGUGACAAGGACGCAGAACUCACCCUAAAGAACAUCAACCUGACAGUACCGAAGGGUCACUUAGUGGCCGUGGUUGGAGCUGUGGGGUCAGGCAAGAGCUCCCUGCUGUCGGCGUUCUUGGGAGAGAUGAAUAAGAUCUCUGGACGGGUUAACACUAAUGGUAGCAUAGCAUACGUGCCGCAACAAGCCUGGAUCCAAAACGCAACGCUCCAAGACAACAUUCUAUUCGGCAAGCCACUAGCGCAGCAAAAGUACAGCGACGUCAUAGGCAUGUGCGCGCUCAAGCCGGACUUCGACAUGCUGCCCGGCGGCGACCAGACCGAGAUCGGCGAGAAGGGUAUAAACUUAUCCGGCGGCCAAAAGCAGCGCGUGUCACUCGCGCGAGCCGUAUAUUACGACGCGGACACGUACUUCCUGGACGACCCCCUCAGCGCUGUCGACUCCCACGUCGGGAAACACAUCUUCGACAAGGUUCUCGGCCCUAACGGUUUACUAAAAAACAAAACCCGCCUAUGGGUCACCCACAACGUGUCGUACUUGGCUCAAACCGACCUGGUGGUGGUCCUGAAGGAGGGAGAGAUCUCGGAGGUGGGCAGCUACCAGCAGCUCCUGGAGAAGAAGGGGGCCUUCGCGGAGUUCCUGAUCCAUCAUCUCAGCGACACGGAGAGGACGUCGCCUGAAGAACUGGACGAGAUCAAAGACGUGCUUCAGAACAAACUUGGCACUGAAUUCAAGGACAAACUGCAGAGAGCCCGUUCUCUCUCAGAAAGCGCAUCGGAAUCUGAACAGGCUACAGGAGACCGCGCGGGCAGCGUGAAGAGAAAAACACCGGAAGCGACACCUGCGGAAUUGAAGGAAAAGAACAAACUCAUCGAAUCGGAGAAAACGGAAACUGGCAGUGUAAAAUGGAGCGUAUACAAGCACUACCUGAUGAACGUGGGCGUGCUGGCGUCCGUGGUGACCGUGCUCAUGAACCUGAUCCUGCAGGUGUUCCAGGUGGGCUCCAACUACUGGCUCGCCGUCUGGUCCGACGACCGCGACAUGAUCGUGAACGGCACGGUGGACAAAGAGAAGCGCGACCUGUACCUCGGCGUGUAUGGCGGGCUCGGCGUCGGGCAAGUGAUGUCGGUGUCGGUGUCCUCGCUGGCGCUGUACCUGGGCACGCUGGCGGCGGCGCGCGCGCUGCACUGCGGGCUCCUCGCCGGCGUGCUGCGCGCGCCCACCAUCGGCUUCUUCGACUGCACGCCCACAGGCCGCGUGCUCAACCGGUUCAGCAAGGACGUGGACGUGCUCGACAACGUGCUGCCCAUGACGCUGCGAGGGUGGACAUCAUGCUUCUUUGCGGUCCUUGGAACGUUAUUCGUCAUCAGCGUAUCCACGCCCAUCUUCUUGGUCGUUAUCAUUCCCGUGGGCGUCCUGUACUACGUCAUUCAGAGGUUCUACGUGGCUACGUCGCGGCAGCUGAAGCGACUAGAAUCCGUGUCGCGGUCGCCGAUAUACUCGCACUUCGGUGAGAGCAUUACGGGCGCGACCACUAUACGCGCUUAUGGAGUCACGCAGAGAUUCGAGGAGGAGUCGGAACGCGGCGUCGACCACAACCAGUCCUGCUACUACCCGAGCUGCAUCGCCAACCGCUGGCUUGCGGUGCGGCUCGAGAUGAUCGGCAACCUCAUCAUCUUCUGCGCCGCGCUGUUCGCCGUGCUCGGCAGGGAGGACGUCGACCCUGGCGUCGUCGGCCUCUCCGUCAGCUACGCUCUGCAGAUCACUCAAACUCUUAACUGGUUGGUGAGGAUGACAUCUGAAGUGGAAACGAAUAUCGUCGCAGUAGAAAGGAUAAAGGAAUACGCUGAAACGCAGCAGGAAGCGGUGUGGACGGUGGAGAAGGGGCCGGGCUCGACGUGGCCGGAGACGGGCGCGCUGCAGCUGGAGGGGCUCACGCUCGGCUACCGCGCCGGCGAGCCCGCGCUGCGCGGCGUCACCUGCGCCGUCGCGCCGAGGGACAAGCUGGGCAUCGUGGGGAGAACAGGCGCCGGCAAGUCCACGCUCACGCUCGGCCUCUUCAGAAUCGUAGAGGCCAUAAGCGGGCGCAUCCUAAUCGACGGCAUCGACAUCUCGACGAUCGGGCUGCACCAGCUGCGCUCGCGCAUCACCAUCAUCCCGCAGGACCCCGUGCUGUUCUCGGGCACGCUGCGCAUGAACCUGGACCCCUUCGACGCCUACUCCGACGACGACAUCUGGCGGUCGCUAGAGCACGCUCACCUCAAGAACUUCGUCCAAGGUCUAUCAGCAGGCCUCCGCCACGAGAUAUCCGAGGGCGGUGAGAACCUUUCCGUGGGCCAGCGGCAGCUCGUCUGCCUGGCGCGGGCCUUGCUGCGCAAGACGCCGCUCCUGGUCCUGGACGAGGCCACCGCGGCCGUGGACCUGGAGACCGACGAGCUCAUACAGAAAACGAUCCGUUCGGAGUUCGCGUCGUGCACGGUGCUGACGAUCGCGCACCGGCUCAACACGAUCAUGGACUCGACGCGCGUGAUGGUGCUGGACAAGGGGCAGCUGGUGGAGUACGCGCCGCCCGACCAGCUGCUGCAGGACAGGAACUCCGUCUUCUACGGCAUGGCCAAGGACGCCGGCCUCGUCAGUUAGGCCACACUUUACUAACUAUUCAAACUAUAUCAAAUAUCCAUCAUCUUAUGGUCCUUCUAACAUUAACAUAUAUUUAAGAACGGGCCUUACGAGCAAUAAGAAUGGGGCCAGCACAGAGGUGUCGCGAACAGGAAUUCGUCCCAAUCAUGCAGUCUAACGCCACAACGCGAUUGGUUGACGAGUUCACAUCACGCGCGCGAUUGGUCGCAAGUAGUUGCGUUAGACUGCACGAUGGGCUCGACUUCGUGAGUGACACCGCUGAACUAGCACCAUGCUUAGUGCCCGUCCUUAGAUAGGUAUAUGUCAAUGCUUUCUACAGUUUUACUUCACCAGAAAUCGCUUGCCGAGAGUAUAUAUAUGUUGAAGGUAUGUUCAAAAAUAGACUGUUAUGCAGUACACUUCAACAUAUAGCAGCACCAUAGGAUAGAUAUGUUGAAAUCGAUCUCCCAUGAUCCUCCAUUUAAGUUUGUGAUCUGUAGGGCCUUUGGGCCAAAGCGCUCAUAACAUACACUUGUACAUAUCUAGUGCAUAAUUAUUUUCCAUCGUAUUUUCACGGAAACGUACGAACGUGUCUUGCUAUUUCAAAAAAUACUGAGGUUGACUGAAAUAGCAUGAAAAAUACGAUCGUUUCCGAGAAAAUACGAUGGAAAACAAUUAUUAUGCACUACAUCUGUAUGUACAGUUUAUCCUUGGGUGUAAGGUUAAUCCUAUCAUAGUAUUAUCAUCACAAGAAAUGCAAUGUAAAGAUCGACGUAGAUCUCAAUGCCCCGGCAAAGCAAUACACGAUGCUAUUUGUCGCUCGUCUACGGUACAGAUGUAGUGCAUAAUUGUUUACAUCGUAUUUUCUCGGAAACGUUCGUAUUUGUCAUGUUACUUCAGUCAGCCUCAGUACUUUUUGUACCGAGACCGACUGAAAUAGCAAGACGCGUUCGUGCGUUUCCAUGAAAAUACGAUCGAAAAUAAUUACGCACUAUAGUUCGUUUUUUUUAGCAUUAGAAAGAACUCCACAGAAGUAAGCAUACAGUUUUUAUCAGGCUCUUUAAUUGUUAAUAAUUAUUGAAUUAUCUAAUGUAGCAUGGUCAAAUACAUAUAAUUUAUUUCAAAUUAUUACCGCUAAAAGUGCCGGAUAUGGAACCACAAGCUUACUUCUACGAAGUUCUUUCUAAUGCUAAAAAAAACGAACUAUACGUCUGUAUUUAAUUUUAUUAGUGGUACCUGCGUUACAGUAUCUUGUCAGAUACGAUCCCUAGCGCCCAGUCGGAGUGCAACUUAGUGCUAGUGCUGGAUAUGUAUAUCAUAUGUGUGUGAUGGUCAAAAAUCUAUUGUGUUGGAUAGAGCAGAAUAAAUGGUUGUCGAAAAAAAUGCAGCUAAUUAUGACUAAAAAUUCGGUCAUAAUCGUUAUACACAGGCAGGAAUUUAUUGGUUACGUCGCGGUAAAGAUCCAGUGAACAAUAAUACAUAGUUUAAAAAUCAAUGUUAAUAUUUUUUUCCAGUGACAUUAAUAACUUUGGACAACAACAAACUUAAACGAUGUUUGUAACAUCUGUAGUUACAAUUCGAAUGUCGUAGCCAUGAAGCAUUCAUAAUGAUAAACUUCGUUAUGUUAACAGUAUAAAUAAUAGUAGGUAUACAGUUCCCUCCAACGAUACUAAAUUGCACGACGAUUUGGUGUUAAAAUGUGACGUUCCGCGUAUAAACGUGCCUUAUGGCGGCCGGCGCUUACGUCCGUAACAGCGCAUUAUCAUUGGAGCGUCGUUAAUAACGGCGUUUGGUACCUUUAUCCGUGUAACGUCACAAAUGAUUAAAAUAGUAUAAUUAAAUUAUAAUAAUAAUUUACUCUGGUGCAAAGGGUUACUAAACGAAUCUAUAACUGCGAUGUAUUUUUACGUCACCCUUUUCGCCAGGGAAGGGCAAUUUCAGUUCGCUUAUGAAUUUUAUUAUGCAUAAGAAGCCUUAAACUGAAAUUGUAAAUAUGUAUAAUAAGUACUUAAAUUACAUAAGUACUUAACAAUUAAUUUCAUUUUUAUUUGUGACAUGUUAAAACAUAUACGUUUUACAGUAAUUUUAUAUUCAAUUUUAUGAACAUGAGGUUUUGAAGUUAUUACAUUUUAAAACUCCUUGGAUAUCACGGGCCUAUAAUCCCGGUUUUUUGAUAGGCUUGCGUGGGGACACAGAUCCAACACGUAGAGGCCCCUUAUUACAUUUUAAAACUUAUUAAGUAUCUGUGUUGUUAUAUUUUCCCCCCACACUGCCUUCUAAAUUGAGAAUGUUAGGAUUUUUAUGAAAGUGUCUCGAAUUUAUUAUUUCCUAGUUAAUAUAUACAUAAAACAAAAAAGAUCUAUUAAAAUAAUUUUCAUUGUUGUAUGGUAGCUAUAUAAUUUCUUUAUUAUCUGAAAGACAUUUAAGUUUUAAUAUUUUUAAUAUUGCAAUAAUUAGUGAGGCAAUAUUUCAAAUUGUGAUUUUGGAUACUUAACAUAAAUAUUCUUAAUUUUAUACCGUCACAAUAUAUGUGUUAAAGUGUACUUACAUUGUUUUAAAAGCACAGUGCUUUGAACAAAUUAUUAUUAGUUAUAACAAUAUAAAUACAGAGACACUGUACAAUUAGGCAUUUAUUAUAUACCCAAUUUCAUUUUAACUUUAUAUUGAAACUUGUUCGCAGAUAUACGUAUUGUAAAAUUUGUAUAAAAAUGUAGUAAAUAACUUGUUGUUAUAUGUUAAAGGUCCAUGUAUGGACUCCAUUGUAAUAUGCAGAAGGUUCAAGAUAAUAUAGGCCAUGGGAAGCAAUACCUCAGAGAGAAUACUAUACGAUAAUAGUGCUAAGCAGAGAUUUGCAACCAGUGAAUGAAUAUUUUAUGUAUCUAGUAGAGCCUCCAGGUGUAUAUAUGUAAUAUUCUGAGUGUACGGCCAAGGAAUUUAAUUUCAGGACCAUUUCGUAUCUUGUCACAAUGACAAUAGUAUGAGGUAUAGCGACUUUCAUAUUGAUUGUCAAUGUGACAAGGUACGAAAUGGUACUGAUAUUAAAUUCUUUGACUGUACUUACAGUCGGAAACAUAGUUAUACCACAGACAACUAAACUAGACAAGACAAGUGAGAAUUAGUGGCGAUGUAUGAGAAUUGUUACUUGACGAGUAAAAAUAUCGCACACCACAAAAAAUAGGAAAAAUAGAUAACCGGUAUUAAGGGGGUAGCCGACGUAGAAUUUGUAAUGACAAAGUGUGGUCAUGUCAUCAAUAAUGUAAAAUUUCUGUGAAAAUAUGUGACGUUCCACGGGUUCCAAAGAUACCUUAUGGCGGUUGUACACCGCAUUAGUACUGAAGCGUCAUUAAUAAUAGCGUAAGCACCAAUCUCCAUAAGAUAUCUUUAUCCGUGGAACGUCUCAUAUUGACGUUUAUAAUGACACUCUUACUUUGUUCUGUCUAUGUCGGUGCAAAGUUAGCUUUGACAGAAUCUAGAGCCGCGAUUCGAUACCGUAUAUAUUAUUAUGAGUAAUUUCAUUGUUAUUCCUUCUAAAUGUACAGUUACAUACUGUAGUAGGUACUUAGAAGUAGCAAAUAUAUAUAAUCGCCUGCGCUCGCGGUGUUCCUGAAGAAAAAAAUGCCUUAACCCUUGCAACCGGGCGGCUACCUGGCUACCUGCAAGGCGUUCAAACGAGUAUCGCCCUAAGCGAGCGCAGGCGAUUGUACUUUGACGUAUUGAAUUCUCGUCUCAGUCUAGUUGUCUGUGGUUAAGGCCAGAGCAUACCGGCUGCGUGUGCGUAGAUGUACUGUGCGCGUGUCGUCUCUCAUAAGAAUCUGUUUAUUAGAACACGCACGUGCACCUGUGCGCACAUGCAGCCGAUCUGCACAGGUCUUUAUCCUCGACCAUCAUAGUUCCGCGUGCGUGGAACAGAAAUACAACAGUAUUGUAUAGGAUAGUUUGUAAGGAGAUGUAUGUUGCACGGCAUUUUAAUUAAACAGAAUACAGUGAUUUCAUUAUUAGUGGUAUACCUAUGUGUACUUGGCCUUUCUAAUUCAUAAGUAGGUACUUAAAUUGCAUUCGAGAAAGAUAUUUUUAUAAAAUAAGUAGAUAUCUUCUUGCUAAAUAAUAUUCUACAAUAUUAAGUUGCCACUUUUAAAUAAGUACUAACCUAUUUGUAUUGUCUUUUGUUUGAAGGCAUUUUAUGAACUAUUGCUAAACUGCCAAGUUUUAGUUCAUGGUAUAUCAGGGGUUCCCAAACUGCGCCGCGGCGCCCACCAUACUCCAAAGGGUGGAAUAGCCUAGCCUAGUUAGGGCGCCGAGAUAAAAUUAAAACUUGCAAGUACGCCGCAGGCCCAAUGAGAUUGGGAACCCCUGGUAUAUAAUAAUGCCUUGUAUUAUUGCAAAAACGACUUUAAAUUAUAGUUUAAAAAAUAUUACGAUCAGAUCCAAAACAGCUUAAGACGCAACCUAAAAUGAUACAGGUGCAUAGAUUUACUCAAUCAACUUGCCUUCUUAAUUUUAAGUGUGUUUUUCACGUUUUAAUUUGAAGUAUUUUGCGUCAGUUUGGUGCCAGAGGACUCCUUUCUUGAACGUUUUGUAGAUUUAGUUCCAUAAUUAUUGUAAGUUUGGUUUUCAUGUUGAAUGCACAGAAAAGUAGGUACACAAAUAUAAAAAUGUUUUUUAUUAAGUGACGUGGCAUUUUUAUAAAACUGAGUUUAUAAUUAUUGUUGUAAUUAUUAAUUUCUGUCGAAUUACAAUGGUUCCCUUUAUAAUAAAAUUAUUUGUAAUAAA